AUGUCUCUGAGCAGCGCCUUCCGGGCUGUGGGCAACGACCCUGGGAUCAUCACCUGGAGAAUAGAGAAAAUGGAGCUGGCGCUGGUGCCCUUGCGUGCCCACGGCAACUUCUAUGAGGGAGACUGCUACGUCAUCCUCUCGACGCGGAGAGUGGGCAGCCUCCUCUCCCAGGACAUCCACUUCUGGAUCGGGAAGGACUCCUCCCAGGACGAGCAGAGCUGUGCGGCCAUCUACACCGCGCAGCUGGACGACUACCUGGGGGGCAGCCCCGUUCAGCACCGGGAGGUCCAGUACCACGAGUCCGACACCUUCCGCGGCUACUUCAAGCAGGGCAUCAUCUACAAGAAGGGUGGUGUGGCCUCUGGGAUGAGGCACGUGGAGACCAACACCUACAACGUGAAGCGGCUGCUGCACGUGAAGGGGAAGAGAAACAUCCGGGCCAGCGAGGUGGAAAUGAGCUGGGACAGUUUUAACCGAGGAGACGUCUUCCUGCUGGAUCUUGGGAAGGUCAUCGUCCAGUGGAACGGCCCGGAGAGCAGCAGCGGGGAGCGCCUGAAGGCGAUGCUUCUGGCAAAGGAUAUUCGGGACAGGGAGCGAGGGGGUCGUGCUGAGAUAGGAGUGAUCGAGGGAGACAAGGAGGCAGCCAGCCCGGAGCUGAUGAAGGUUCUUCAGGACACCCUCGGCCGGCGCUCCAUUAUCCAACCGGCAGUCCCAGACGAGGUCAUAGAUCAGCAGCAGAAAUCAAACAUCACGCUGUAUCAUGUCUCAGACUCGUCUGGGCAGCUGGCGGUCACGGAGGUAGCGACGAGGCCUCUGGUCCAGGACUUACUGAACCCUGAUGACUGCUACAUCCUGGACCAAAGCGGAACCAAGAUCUACGUGUGGAAAGGAAGGGGAGCUACAAAGGCUGAGAAACAGAUGGCCAUGUCUAAAGCCCUGAACUUCAUCAGGAUGAAGGGCUACCCCAGCAGCACCAACGUGGAGACCGUCAACGACGGUGCCGAGUCGGCCAUGUUCAAGCAGCUGUUCCAGAAGUGGACAGUGAAGGAGCAGACCGUGGGUCUGGGGAAGACGUUCAGUGUGGGUAAAGUCGCGAAGGUUUUCCAGGAUAAGUUUGAUGUAACUGUGCUGCACGCCAAACCAGAGGUGGCAGCCCGGGAAAGAAUGGUGGACGACGGCAAUGGCAAAGUCGAGGUCUGGAGGAUAGAAAACCUGGAGCUGGUCCCCGUGGAGCACCAGUGGUAUGGCUUCUUUUACGGGGGAGACUGCUAUCUGGUUCUCUACACAUACGAGAUGCAUGGGAAGCCUCAUUACAUCCUGUAUAUCUGGCAGGGCCGCCACGCCUCACAGGAUGAGCUGGCAGCCUCGGCAUAUCAGGCGGUAGAGGUGGACCGGCAGUUUGAAGGGGCCCCCGUGCAGGUUUGGGUCACCAUGGGGAAGGAGCCGCGCCACUUCAUGGCCAUCUUCAAAGGAAAGCUGGUCAUCUUUGAGGGUGGGACUUCGAGGAAGGGAAAUGCCGAGCCGGAUCCUCCAGUAAGACUCUUCCAGAUUCAAGGACAUGACAGAUCUAACACCAAAGCAGUGGAGGUCCCAGCCUUCACCUCCUCCCUAAACUCCAACGAUGUCUUUCUGCUGCGGACCCAGGCAGAGAAUUACCUGUGGUGUGGCAAGGGGUCCAGUGGGGAUGAGCGGGCCGUGGCCACGGAGCUGGCCGGACUUCUCUGUGAGGGCGCGGAGAACACAGUGGCCGAGGGCCAGGAGCCGGCUGAGUUCUGGGACCUGCUGGGAGGGAAAGCUCCCUACGCCAGUGCCAGGAGACUACAGCAGGAGAUCCUAGACGUCCAGUCUCGCCUCUUCGAAUGUUCCAAUAAGACUGGCCGGUUCACUGUCACUGAGAUCACAGACUUCACCCAGGACGACCUGAACCCAGGUGACGUGAUGCUCCUGGAUACCUGGGACCAGGUGUUCCUGUGGAUCGGGGCCGAGGCCAAUGCGGCGGAGAAGGAGGGCGCUCUGACUGCCGCCCAGGAGUACCUGCACACUCACCCCAGCGGCCGCGACACCAGCACACCGAUCCUGAUCGUUAAGCGGGGGUUCGAGCCUCCCAUCUUCACAGGCUGGUUCCUGGCCUGGGACCCUCACAUGUGGAGCGCAGGGAAAUCAUAUGAACAGUUAAAAGAGGAGCUGGGAGACGCUGCUGCUAUCACAAGAAUCAUUGCUGAUAUGAGGGACACAACCCUUCCCCUGAAUUCUGAGCCAAAAUAUUACCCCCUAGAAGUUCUGUUGAAAAAUCAGAGUCAGGAGUUGCCAGAGGAUGUGAAUCCUGCCAAAAAGGAGAAUUACCUCUCGGAACAGGACUUUGUUUCCGUGUUUGGCAUCACCAGAGGGCAGUUUGCUGCUCUGCCUGGCUGGAAACAGCUCCAGAUGAAGAAAGAAAAGGGGCUUUUCUGA